AUGGACGGCGAGCUGAAGGCUCUGGGGGCCCUGUGCUCCCAGCACACACUGACCACGGCCCUGGGGCCCUGCCCUGCUCCCUGCGGCAGCGUGGAGGCGGGGGCCCAGGGCCAGAGGGUGCUCGCCCAAGGGACAUCCAGUCUGGAGGAGACGCGGGUGCGGUUGGGAGGAGCUGGAGGGCGGCUGAUGGCGCUGCAGGCUGGACCCGACCCGAUCCAGAACCCCGCGCGCCCUUCCGGGGCCCGGCCGGCCUUUGGCGGCGUGGCUCGCAGCCUCACCCGCCACUGCCACGCCGGUCCCGGUUCCUCCUCCAGAGGGGCGCCCCUCACCCUCCAUCAGACCCCUCCUCUUUGCGUGCGCGCCCCGUGGCGCGCAGGUCGACCUCGCUGCCUUUGUCUCCCCUCCCAGUCCGGGGCAGCACGCGGGGCAGGGGCGCUGCGCAGGCGGCGGCGUCCGGAGGGUCGCGUCCCAAGCCCGAGCCCGGCUGGGUCUCUGCUCCGCGGCUCGGACUCAACGGCUCGGGGCGCGGCGCGCAGGCCGUGCCGCGCGGGUGCGCCCUUGAGCCUGGUUUGCAGUUCUGGCCCAACGCGCAAGCCGCAGGCUGGGCAGCGGCCGUGGGGAGUGGGAGCCGCCCGGCGAGGCGGGGUAGACGCCGGGAGCGGGCGCGGGGCCACCGAGAGGCUGCGGAUGUAG